GAUCAUGAGUUUGUUGAGAUGAUUAACACGUAUUUAGCUCGUAUAGAUUUACAUGAGAAAGAGAUUAGAAGACAAGUAAAUGACUCAGAAAUUGAAUCAAAUAAAGAGAAUAUAUUUUCAAACGUCAAUCUUAGAAACCCAAGAAAAGUUGCUACUAAGGGGCGACCAAAGCUAUCUAGCCACCGUAAUAAUAAGCAAG